AUGUUCCUUCCCGAGCCGAUAUGCGAAAGCCCAUCGAUUAAUUUGGUAGAUGAAAAUGCUAGCGGUUCCGUUACCUUGCCAAUGCGAAGUGUCAGCAAUGCAGUAGCAGUUGCUGUUGCAGUAAUAGCAGUUAUUGCCGCAUGA